AUGGCUACGCAGCAAUCUUCGACAGAGCCCUUGAGGCCGCUGACGCCCCAGGCUGAUGCAUCACGACCGACGACUGCAGGACAGGCCGACACGCUGCCCGUACCCAGCAUGCACGUCGACGGCGCCAGCGACGACCAAAGACAGCCGCGCAGCACCACGCCCGUCAACAACUCUGCCAGCCUCAACCCCAGCGCACAACCAAGCCGCGUCCCGUCGCCAAAUCCCCACGCCCAGUUCCCCCACACCCAGGUCACCUACGAUGACCCCGACUUCACCCGCCCGCCGCCGCUCAAGUACACGCUGCGCACCCGCAAGAAGUCCAUCUUCUGGUUCUGGACCCUCAUCAUCCUCGACUGCGUCUUCAUGCCCAUCGGCCUCUACUUUGGCAUGUGGUAUGGCCUGACGCGCGACCAAUUGUCUGCCAACGCCGUCUUCAGUAUCAGUACCGCUUUGCUUGGAACCGUGUCGAUUGUCGAAUACUUCAUCCGCUUCCACAGGUUGUGGAAGAAGGGCUCCAGUUGCAGGGUCAUCGGCGCGCAGAGAUGGUAUCUCGACUGGUUCCACUGGAACCUGUCCGUCGGCUGGUUCUUCGUCAUGAUUGAGCUUAUUGCUGGUACCUGUCCCCACGACCCGCCAAUUCGCGUCCUUGCCAUGCCCGCCCCGACCAUGAUGUUCGCCAUUGGUUGCGAGCUCCUUCUCGUCGACAUCCUGCGUUAUAUGAACGUGCCUGCACCCUGCCGUAUCUCUUCGCUACCCCAGGGCGCACCGCUUCGACCCGGCAUCUAUGCAUACAUUGAAGACAUUUGCGCUGUUGACGGAUCUGGUGGCACCGAGUUCCGUCAGCGAUUGAAUCUCCGGUACCAGGCCAGCAAGGGCUUCCGCAUGAUGCUGCACCGCUUGACACUCUUCUGGGCCAUUGGCGCCAUUAUCUGCGCUGUAGUUGCCACUGCCAUCAUUUUCACUAUUCAGCGUGACGCUGCCUACGUUGUCGGCUGGGUUCUGCCCUUCCUCUGGGCCGGCAUCUGGACCGCCAUCACCAUUCCCUGGGUCCAACGAGAACUGAAAAAAGAGUACGAAGAAUGGACCACGGUCAACUUCAAGGCCUAG